GCGGCCGCCCCGGCGCCGGUGCCGCGCGGGGGGGGGAUGAGAUGGCGGCGGGCUGGGCGCUGGCCGCGCUGCUGGCCGCGCUGCUGGCCGCCUCGGCGCAGCUCCUCCAGCGGGAAGGUUCCUUUACGAUCUCACUUCGUGCAGUGGACAACGUCACGGUUAUGAUUAAACUGAGACCAGGUAUUUUACCCAGAUGUCAAAUUCGUGUUAAAAAUGUCAUUAGGUCUGAACUCAAGAUAAAGCCUGGGGACAACGUGACUUUUACCUUCACUUGUAGUACUCCAGAGAAGUAUUUCUUCAUGGAAAUUCAGAAAAAUAUUGACUGUGUGUCAGGUCCGUGUCCCUUUGGAGAUGUUCAUCUUUACCCGCCGGGGCUACCUCGCCUUAACAGGACUUUCAUCUGGGACGUGAAGGCGAGUACAAAGGCUGGACUUGAACUGAAAUUUUCAACCCCAUGGCUAAGACAGGUCGAACCAGGAGAGACAUGCCCAGAUUUCGUUAGCUACGACAUCAACAGCUGUAUCGAUACGGCCACAGUCAACAUUGGCACCUUCUGCAGGAAUGGCUCGGUGUCUCGCAUCAAGCUGCUGGGAGGAGUUGUCAUGUCUCUGCACCUCCCGUGGGGCUCGCCUCUCACCACCUCGGGCUUCAGCAUAGCUAACAGGGCUUCCAUAAAACGGUUAUGCAUUAUUGAAUCCAUUCUGAAUGGGGAGUCUUCAAUCACCUUGAUGUCCCCAAACUACCCGCUGGGCUUUCCAGAAGACGAACUCAUGACGUGGCAGUUUGUGAUCCCCUCCAACAUGAGAGCAAGCGUGUUUUUCCACAACUACAGCCUCUCCAACUGCGAAAGGAAAGAGGAGAGGGUGGAGUACUACAUCCCUGGCUCCCUCAGCAACCCAGAGGUGUUCAAGCUGAGUGACAGCCAGCCUGCCAAUAUAGCUGGCAGUUUCAACCUGUCCUUGCAGGGCUGCGAUCAGGAUGCCCAGAACCCGGGCAUCCUCCGCUUGCUCUUCCAGGUUGUCGUUCAGCACCCUCAGGUUGAUGAGAACGUCACCCAUUUGGUCGACCUGAGCAAGGAGUGGAAUAUGACAGUAACGAUACACUUUGAAGGGUGGCCCAGCCGCAUCCCGCUCAUGUCUGAACCCAUGUGCCUGAUCUGCAAGGAUCCUCGCACCUGCGACCGCAUCCUGACUUUAGUGUCUGGAGCUGUCUACAAGAUCUCCUUUCUCUGCAAGGACUUGUCCCGUCUGAGGAUCACAGCUGAAAAAGGCAUAAGCUGUGUCGAUCUUCGGUGGUGUCAGAGGAAGAUCUAUUCCCUUUCAGUGCCCAAGGCUAUUACCCAAUUGCCAAUUCGACUGCAUAAGUUUAUUUGGAAGCUCUUGGCUCCCGACCUGAUCAACAUAGAAAUUACGUCUCCAUCCUUGAAGCUUCAGCAACACAUCCCAGAGCAGAGGUGCAACACGAGCUACAGUUACAGCAUUGUUAGUGCCACCCCUGAGACAGAGUUGAAUGUUGGUGUAUUCUGUCCUGGUGGAUCCAUUGAAAAGGUUCAGAUGAGGAAUAAUAUCACCAUAUCCUUAAAAACAUUUGGUAAAGGAUUCCUCAAUGAGUCUAAUUAUCAGGAUCUGAAAAUGUCUUUUGUACCACAUAUUAAAGAUGAGUGCACUUUCACUGUGAGUCCAGAUCCAAAAGCUAAAGUUUACUUGCAGACUCCCAACUGGCCUUAUGGUCUACCUCCUUACGUCUCCAUAUCCUGGUACAUUGUCGUGCCCAGCAAGCAAGUUGCCCACCUUGGGUUCUCCAAGGACCGCAUGGGCAUUGCUUGCGAGACGGGCCGUGCCUAUGUCAACAUAAAGGAAGAGACGUUGGGAGCAGAGGAAACCGUGCGCCGUGAGGAUGAACCUCUGCCCGAGCCCCGGAAUAUGUAUCACAACUUCUGGGUAAAUGUCUCCAACUGUAAACCCGUGGAUAAGAUGCAGCUGACCUUGCAGUUCCGGGUGACUUUUGCUGACAAGCAGAUAGACCUAGGAGUGAUACUUGCUGUGGUGGCCGGGGCCGGAGUUCUUGCAGCGCUUGGACUGACUGUGUUCUGUGUUAAGAAGAAGAAGAAGAAAAGUCAGAAUCCCAUGGUGGGAGUGUACAAUGAUAACGUGAAUACCCAAGUGCCUGGAAAACAAGGCUUAUUCACGAAAGGGAGGAAAAACAAUGAGUCUCAUGUCUAUGCAGUUAUUGAUGAUGCUAUGGUCUACGGGCACUUGCUGAAGGAAUCAAAUGGCUCAGUUGCUCCAGAAGUUGAUGUGUACCGGCCUUUUGAUGGACCCAUUGGUAGCUUGCCACCUUCUCCACCUCCAUUCUCCUUCAGAAAAGACAUUAAAUGCUCUUCUAACACCGAGGAACCUCUACCUCUGACAGACACAGACCAUGACACUUACACAUUUGCUCACCAGAAAUCAGAGCAAUCAGAGGACAAUGGAGAUAAAAAUGAGAAGAAUAAUGGAGAUACAAGCAUGUCCUUGCUGGAAAAUAAGGAACAGGAUGGUUUAGUGGAGUAAUUUUACACCAGCUAUAGCAGUUUCCUGUGGAAAUAGUUUUUUUUUCCUAGACCCCUGUCCUUACACCUGCAGAGGAGUGUUAUUUUUAAAUGUGUUUUGAUGUUGUGGUGUGUGUGGUCUUGGUUGUUUUGUUUUUUUAAAAAAACUUCAACUGUUGGUAGCUUUCAGUUUUAGAGUGAACAUCUAGCAAACUCAGUGCCAUCGAGACACUCCAGGACUGCAUGCACUUCUGGUUGUGAAACAGGUGACAAAGGUAUGCUCCUGCUUUUUAUUAUAAAGCCCUCAGGAAAGUGAAUUCCUAACUGCCAGUUUAAACUGUGGCAAUUAAGAGUGGGGAGAGCGUUUUGUCCAGUAUUUCCUCCUUUCACAAUUCAUUUGCUCCUGAGUGUUGGUUGGUGACUCUUGGAAGAUGUAGGCUACAUCACCAUCUCAAGGCAGCUCUAGGUUGCACAGAUGUCUAAGCAAUAUGCUUUCUGAGCAAAGGAGGGGAUGCUGUUAUUUCCACCACUUGCUGCUUGAAAAUUCAUCAUAUUCAGCAUGCUGGUGGUUAUGUAAAUGUAGUGAAAGACCAUGUAUGCUGCCUGGAAGAGCUCCAUGGAUGUAAAUUGGGGUGAAUGCUUGAGCUUGGGCUCUUCUAGUUCAGAAGUGAAGUUAUGGGUUUUCUCUGUUUUCCAACUGAUGUUGUUAUACUCAGAUAGCACUGUGUGAGCUUGCACCAAAGACACUAUUUUCUUUGCUUUUUUACAAAAAAGUUUCAAAAGUCUAAACCAGUUUGUGCUCUGUUCUGAUGCCUGUAGCUUUCACAUUUUAUUAAUAUCUUGCGCUUUUAGUUCAAGUAAGAGUAAGGUUUCAAUGGACAAGUAAUGCUGUUGUCAUCCAUUUGCUAAUGCUUUUCACUUAAUCUAUUAAAGAUGCUUAGUUAUUAAAUAAAGGUUAAAAAAAAAAAAGGGUAAAGAAAAUGGAUUGUUUCCAGCAGGGAGUUUCCCUGAAAUGCAAAGAAUGAGAGUGAAUCCAUAAGGAAAGCCUAGAUUUUUAAAUUUUUUUUUUUAAUCGGUCUAAAUUCAACAACUAUGUUGAAAUGAUGGUGGGGACAGCUCUUGAUUCCUAGAGGGACUUAUACUUCAUUUGUCCAGCUGCCUUUGAAAGCACCUCUUGAAAUCGGGUAAAUAAUAGGUCUUAUUUUUAAGUGCCAUCAUUAGCAUACCUCUCAGUUGCUGUGCCUUUUAAAACUUGAGGGUCAGAUCUUUGUGCAGAAGACUACGGGUAUCUGAAUAAAGUUGUCUUUUAUAUACAAACAUCUGGCUUGUCCAGGUGUGCAGUUACUGAGGAUGUUUGCCAUUUUGCAUGCAGCACUAGACUUGAUGACUUGAGAAUUUCUCUCCAAAUGUCUUAUCAUGACUGUUUCUUGCCUAGUGAUACACAGAGGUGCUAUAAAACUUUUAUAGUGUUGCAUGCAGUAACAUUAAACAUAUAAUAAUACCUAAAAUUAAAAUAUCUUUACUAGAAACCUUACUGUUUACAUUUUUUAAAAAAAUUUCUUCCUGUGUUAACUAUGCUGGCAUUGCAAAUUGACUAUUUAUAUGGUCAAGUAUGUGUAUUUAACAGUGUAUACUAUUAUACUGCUUGGACCACUGUAAGAUUCAGUAUAAUUUAAUAUCUGACUUGUCUUCUGUAGCAUGUAGCAAAACAUGUGUCAGCUAAGAGUGCCUUUUAAUUGUUUCAGGUGUUUUUCUGCUUAUGUUUAUCACUUUUAAUAUAGAAAUGUGUAUUCCUAGAUCUCUGGCUGGUUACUGGGAUUUCAAGGUGUACCGAGUUAUUUUAAUGUCAUUUGAGAACUUAAAAAAAUUUCUGCAAUACUGAAAACUAUUUUCUCAGGUAACUGAAUUGACACAAUACAUUUUUAUCGAAGUAGUACAUUUGUGCAGACACCUGGUUAACGUUUCUCACUUUUAUUGAAAAGAAAUGAGAAGUCUGUAAGAGAAAUCCAAGGCUGUCUCAUCCUUCUAGCUUGUUUCUGCAGUUGCUUAGAUGAAUUUUUUUAGUUCAUCUUCUUUCUAACCAACUGAAUAAAACAUAAUGGAGGUUGGGUUUUGUUCACAACCUCUUGAUCUUUGAAGGAAGAAUAUGAUGCUUCUUGACUGGUAUUUUUAUUUGUUCUAUUUUAACUCAGCUUUUGGUAUAUAAACCUUAGUUUACAGUUGUUUCCAGUCUAAGGUUGACUUUCACUGUGCUUAUGUUUAGAGUAAGAGUUCAGACACAAAUUCCAUCUUGCCCUUCAUUAAGAGAAAGUUGUGACUUAAUUUUUUUUAAAAAAUAAAAUAUAAUGAUAUUACCA